AUGGGAUUCAGGAUGUUUAUUAGCAGCAGGAGGGUCAGAAAAUGGCAGUGUGUUCGUUUUUUUGCCACUUGUUUUAUACUAAGCCUCAUGUUUUUUUGGAGACCGUUUGAUAACCACAUUGUGAGCCAUAUGAAGUCCUACUCUUACAGAUACCUCAUAAACAGCUACGACUUCGUGAGUGACACCCUCUCUGUUAACCGCAGCUCGGAGGAUGUUCCUAGCUUCCAGUACUUGAUUAACCAUGAGGAGAAGUGUCAAGCGCAAGACGUCCUCCUUCUGCUAUUUGUGAAGACUGCUCCUGAAAACUAUGAACGUCGUUCAGCAAUUAGAAAAACGUGGGGCAACGAGGAGUAUGUUCGGUCUCAGCUUAAUGCCAACGUCAAAACUCUGUUUGCUUUAGGGACUCCUUCUAACCCACUGAGGAGAGAAGAAUUGCAAAGGAAACUGGUUUGGGAAGAUAAAGUGUACAAUGAUAUAAUUCAGCAAGACUUUGCUGAUUCUUUCUACAAUCUUACUCUUAAAUUACUUCUGCAAUUCAAUUGGGCAAAUACAUUUUGCCCACAUGCCAAAUUCUUCAUGACUGCUGAUGAUGACAUAUUUAUUCACAUGCCAAAUCUUGUUGAGUACCUUCAAAGUUUAGAACAAAUUGGUGUUGAAGAUUUUUGGAUUGGUCAUGUUCAUCGUGGUGCCCCUCCGAUUCGAGACAAAAAGAGCAAAUACUAUGUCUCUUAUGAAAUGUACCAGUGGCCGGCGUACCCUGACUAUACUGCUGGUGCUGCCUAUUUGAUCUCCAAUGAUGUAACUGCCAAAGUCUAUGAGGCAUCACAGACACUUAACUCUAGUCUUUACAUAGAUGAUGUGUUCAUGGGCAUCUGUGCCAACAAAAUGGGGAUAGUACCACAAUACCAUGUGUUCUUUUCUGGAGAAGGUAAAACUCCUUAUCAUCCCUGCAUCUAUGAUAAAAUGAUGACAUCCCAUGGACAUGUACAAGACCUUCAGAACCUUUGGAAGGAGGCCACAGAUCCUAAAGUGAAAACAAUUUCAAAAGGUUUUUUUGGUCGCAUAUAUUGUAGGUUAAUUAAGAUAGCUCUCCUUUGCAAAUUGAGCUAUGUGAACACUUACCCUUGUAGGGCUGCAUUUGUGUAA